GGCUCAUUCAUUCCCUCACUCAUUCACUCAAUCUUACUCGUUGAGAGAUGGGGAACCAUGCUCUCUCUAAUCUCUUACUUCUCCUACUAAACUUGGCCACUUUCCUCACUACUUCUCUUGCUUUGCCCUACUGCCCUCCUCCACAACACCCACCCCUUCAUCCCAACCCACCAAAACAUCCCCCCUACGUUGUUCCACCCCAUCCACCACAUGGUCCUGUCAAACCCCCCCAUCCACCAUAUGUUCCUGUCAAUCCCCCCCAUCCACCACAUGUUCCUGUCAAACCACCACAUGUUCCUGUCAAACCACCCCAUCCGCCUCAUGUUCCACCUUAUGUGCCCAAACCACCAAUUGUGAAGCCUCCUAUUGUAUACCCACCACCUUAUGUCCCUAAACCACCAAUUGUGAAGCCUCCUAUUGUAUACCCACCACCUUAUGUCCCUAAACCACCAAUUGUUAAGCCUCCUAUUGUAUAUCCACCACCUUAUGUGCCUAAACCGCCGGUUGUGACACCUCCCAUUGUCUACCCGCCACCUUAUGUGCCUAAACCGCCUGUUGUGACACCUCCCAUUGUCUACCCGCCACCUUAUGUGCCCAAGCCACCAACACCUACACCAGUGGUGCCUAAACCACCAACACCUACACCAGUACCGGUGGUGCCGAACCCGCCUACACCCGAAACGCCAUGCCCUCCUCCGCCACCUAAGGUACCGGUUGUGCCAGCACCAAGUCCACCGGCAGGACAAACAUGCUCCAUUGACACACUAAAGCUAGGCGCAUGUGUGGACUUGUUGGGGGGCCUUGUUCACGUAGGGAUUGGAAGUAGCGCAAAGGACACGUGCUGUCCAGUGCUGCAAGGACUGGUGGACUUGGAUGCCGCGGUGUGCCUUUGCACCACCAUCAAGGUUAAGCUUCUGAAUAUCAAUAUCAUCCUCCCGAUUGCUCUUCAGGUCCUCGUUGAUUGUGGCAAGACUCCACCUGAAGGGUUCACAUGCCCCGCCUAGAAAACUACUCCGAUCCAUCCGCUUUACUCUUUUUUAAGUUAUUGCAUGCACUUGUCUUCGUAUUACUUUCUCUUUUUUUUCUGCAUCGAUCUGUGAUUCCGUAUAAGUGAAAAAAGUUGAGAAUAAUGUAAUGGUAAUAGUGUUGUUUGCAGGACGUAUGUCACUCUGUAACAAAAAAUAACAAGGGAGAUGUUUCCUUCAUCUCGUUGUAUAUCACCAAAUCCCAUAUACUUCGAGAAUUUCGAGUUAAGAACUUUUUAAUUUCGUUUA